AUGGCUCUGGUCUGGGUUGGAUUACUUUUAGUGACAUUGUGUGCACCCAGUUCCCUGGUAAGAAUGAAGGAAAUGGCUGCUUUGAAUAUUUCUCUUUCUCUCUCAUAUUCAGGGACAGACUGUACAAACAUAAAGACACGUUCCCCCAACGCAACAAGUGGCGUCUACACCAUUUGGCCAACUGGAGUGAAAGGGUCUUUUGAGGUUUACUGUAAGAUGUUAAAGGAUGGUGGUUGGACUGUUAUCCAGAGAAGGACAGGAGGACAACUUUCCUUCAGACAGAACUGGAAAGCAUACAAGCAAGGGUUUGGAAAGUGUCAGAAGGAUCACUGGCUGGGCCUGGACAAAGUUUGGGCUCUAACCAAAGGCAAAAACAGAAAUUCAGUUCUCAGAGUGGAUCUUUGGGACUUUGAAGGAGGCUCUGCCUUUGCUGAAUACCAAAACUUCAGUGUUGGCAAUGAGAGAAUGGGCUAUAAACUGCAAGUUGGCAUUUACAGUGGAAAUGCAGGUGACGCCAUCCGUGGUGCAUAUGCUGGCAUUGAACAGGAUGGUUAUGGUUUCAGCACACUUGACCAUGACAAUGAUGGCUGCUCCCCAUGUAUCUUCGGUGACAUUGCCAUAAAUGACUGCAGCAGAAUGGAGGGCAGUGGAGGCUGGUGGUUCAGCCGUUGUGGCUCGGCCAACCUCAAUGGUAACUGGUACCCAGCUGGAAAUAACCGAGGCUGGGCAUCUGGCCUCCGCUGGGACACAUGGAAAGGUCCUGAGCCCUAUUCGGCCAAGGCAACGUGCAUGAUGGCCAAGUUUGUGUGAACGCUGAACAUUCCUAAGUGGAAGGAACAAGAUGAUCUUACCAGCAGUAAA